AUGAAGGCAGAGUGCGUCAUAGUUGGUGUGGAGGGGGGCAGGCAUGUGGUGAAGGAACAGGUGGCCUCCGAGAAAUUUGAUCCACAAGAGCCAAGUGUUGUGGUGGAAUUAACUCAGGUCAUGCAUGUUUCUGUGAAGACGUUCAUGGAAAUGGAUUUUUCCUCCCUCCCUCAUUUGGGUGAUCUCCACUUGGAGGGCCUACGUCGGUUGUGCCGUGACCCUGACGCCGAGGAGAACACGCCUGAAGGUGAACCUCUCAACGGUGGAUCUUCCUCCACUACUCUUGUUAAGUGA